CGCAUGAUCAAAAACAUUAAACGCGAUACGCGAGCACCAAGCAAAUAUCGAUUAUAAAAUAGACAAAAGCCUCUGCUCAAAAUGAGAUCAACAUCAUUUAUCAUUUGCUUUUGAUCAGUAAAAUUCGUAAUAAUGUUUGGUAAAGCUGUGUUAUGUUUGACGACUCUACAAUUAUAUUGUGUUACGGCUCAAGGAGAUUGCAGUGAUCUGCGAGGUCGAGUCAUUUCCCACGGCAUACAUUACGUGCCCGGACCAAACUCCUGUAACCUUUGUAUAUGCGAUAAUGGACUACCUAAAGACUGCAAAGUUGUACUAUGUUCGCCACCCCAGGAUUGUCGCUCAUUUCGAGUCGGAAACAAUUGCUGCGAGUUUAUUUGCUUAGAUGAUGUAGUGAAGCCAGCUGACUCAAACGAGUCGAACUUCCGUGGGGCAGCUGGCGGUGCUGCGGCAGUAGUGGUGCUCACAGUACUGUUAGUACUGUACAGAGUAAGGAACCAGAAGCGUAGACGUCCACCACAUGGGGAUGACCAAAGAAGCCUGACUAGUAUUGGUAUAUUUGAAAGGUACAUCAGUGGAAGCAUGGGCUACAUGGGUGGCACUUGUGAGACAGCCCUGGGUGCCUGGAAGCCACAUGGUUACUAUCUGCCAAGGGGUGAAGCGCCUCCACCUUAUGAUGAGGCUGUGGCACAGUGCAGACAGGAAGUCAUGAGGAUUCAAAGUGAAGCAGCUUUUCACCGAACAUAUCCUGCAACAGUAGAGUCUCUCACUAGGCCAGAUGAGGCCAUGCAGUGUGUCGGUCAUGGCUAUGCUAAUAUUCCACGGCCUGUUCAACAGUUGGUGAAUCCUCAGAACUGCUACAACACUCCAUUACUGCAGGCCGUGCAUACGACUGACGCUCGGGACCCAAAUCAAAUCCAACACCAUCCCUUAGGUCCUCCUGGAGGAGUGGGUUUCCCCAGCGCCAUCCGAUUAACCGGCUCUCUGGGUACCAUCAACAACCGCGGCUUGUUAUCCGUUUUGCACGAUCACGAUCGUCCCAACUUGUACCCUAAUCCUGGGAGUUUACACACUCCAUUCCACCGCACCAUCCCGCUGGGGGGGCCGGGCGCGGACGUGCGGCGCUCGUUCCACCGCGCGCCCCCCCCGCGCCCCGACACCGGCCGCUCCGUGCCGCGCAACCUGGACCUGGCCGCCGGACCGCACGCCGCGCCCGACGCCGCGCCCGACGUCGGGCCAAUAUUGCGGACCAAUAGCGCCGGACAGACACGGACACGCAGUGAGGAACAGAACGUGGGUGGAGCGGUGACCACAAAUGCUAAUGCUAACGCGGGAGCUGCUGGGAACAACACAGCUGUGGCGGACAGCGCGGGGGCCGUCCCGAGUGCGGGCGAGGGGGGCGCCCCUCCCGCCCCCGACGCACCCCUUCCGCCCCCACACAACACAUUACCCCUCACUGUGGACAAGCCGUCGUGCGUGUGCAGCUACGAAGCCCCGGCCGCGCCCGGGGGCGAGGACGCCGACGACUACCGCAGCGAGUGCGAGAACUGCAAGUCCGCCAGCAGCUCCAAGCAGAUGGUCGUCGUCGGACGGCGCGUGGGAGGGCGCCGGCACGCAGACCCUGCAGCGCCGCGCGCCGCCCCCGCCCGCGCCCGCGCCCGCCACCGCCACCCUGCCGCAGCCCGUCACCAAGCAGAGGUACUGUUACGGGGUGGCUCCAGGAGCUCUUUUAAGAAAAGGACACGUCGAUCACUGAUGGGUCAGCCUUCGAACUGGGAGAACUGGUUUAACGCGAUCCCCGAUUCGGACAGCGAAUCCGAAGAAGAGUAAGAAUUUCCCUCUCACCCUUCUUCGAGUUACAAUCAAGGAAAAUGAACAAACAACAAUCUCAAUUUUGUUUUAUACAUGUAUGUAUAUAUAGUUACACAUUUAUGUGUCGGCGUCACAUUGAACUUCAACGGAGAAGAACAAAAAUAAUAAGCGUGAAAAAAAUCAAAUACAAAAAUAUUACAAUAAAGGUAGGUGAGCUCAGGGGUCAAGUUGAGAGAGUUUUUUACACUGGCCCUA